AUGUCACUUGAUAUAUGGUCACGACAAGAUGUGUGGAUAUCAGAACUCCACAUUCGAUCUGUGCAUGGUCAAGAUACUUACAGUGGUAAAAUGUUUUUAAGAAUUUGGACCACUAAUAGUGACCUAAGAAUUAUUGGUCGUUUUUACUUAGAAUACUUGAUUACCGGCAAAGGUAAGCAGCCCAAAUUAAUUGAUUUUUAAUACAUGUGGUGCUGAUUGUAGGAUAGCAGAUUGGCUUAAUACUGCUUUAUCCUGUGUUUAAUGUAAAAUUCAAAGAAAAUUAAAACUAAUUAGCAAAAUAUUCAAAAAACGCAAUACUUGACUUAGAGGCUAUUAUUUUAUACCAUUGAUAUAAAUCUUUUUGCUCUAACUGGUCGCUUUGGUUGCCCAACUCCUCCUCUUUUGUGACACUGUCUCAACAUCCUGUUUUAAAGCACAAUUAAAAACAUAUCCUUUUACCUCAGCUUUUGACUGAUAUAUGAUCAAUAUACAUUAAUAUUUUAAUAUCUUUGUAAUAUAUGUUUGUGAAUGUAUACAUUCUUAGUUGUAGAUACUGUACUGCGCUUUUGAUCAUUUUCAUGUAAAAAGCGCAUUAUAAGUGAUUAAAUUUAUUUAUUUAUUAAAAUCUUUCUUCCAGUCCUGAAGAGUCAACAUUCUCCAUCAUUGCAUAAACUAGAUUCCGUGGAACCUUAAGGCCAUGUACUUCCCCUACUUUUUUGUGCAAAGCACGGUAACCACAGGGCUUUCAGCAUUAUUCUGAGUAGGUGUCUAUUUUGAUAAAGUAGGCGGCUGUUGGGACAGGGUGGUCUAGGGGGUCUUAAACUAGUGUAUAUUGAUUAGAUAGGAACACAACUGAAUUCUGUAGCCAAAUUAUAAUGUAUCACUACUUUCAUUCUUCAACAAGAUAACUUCAAGAUUUAAGAUGGCAAAUAACUAAAUCGAUUUUACGAAAUAGUACGCCGUUUUCGAAAAUAACCAGGCUAUAAUGUAUAGACCAAGUUGAGGAAAAAUAACUUUGUUUGAAAGCUUAGAGUUGGAGGAAGGAGAGCAGGAUUGAUCAUUCAAGUACUAAACAAAGUAACCGGCGGAGGGCCGCCGGCUUAUUUUGAAAGCCCUGGGUAACCCAGCAAUCGGCCAUCCAUUUCCUCACGUACGGCCUCUUCAACAUGGUGCAAAGUAGUAUUGUAGUCUAUGUAUGAAAUGCCAAAGUGUUUUAAUCGACGGCAAAAAGUUCGCAGACUCCAAGCAUAUAGUGGAUACUUUCCUUUACAAAAUCUAAAAUUUCUUUUCUUUGUAAGUUACUUUCAACAUAUUUUUGUAAGUCGUCUUUUAAUAAGCUCAAUAUCUUCUUGCCAUCCCUGAUCGGCCAUUUUGUUUAUGGUGCCCUGCGAGCCUGCGAUCUCAAAAUUAUAUGGACAGCAGUAAUUGGCAUGCAUGGGCCGUUGGCACGCCUGGGCCACGACGUUUGUUUUUUUUUUUAAUGGCACACCUGGGCCAAGGGUAUAAAAUAUUUUGCAUUAAAAUACUUUAUCAAUUAAAAAAAAACAGAGUUUAGAAAUAAAUUUUGUUUGGAAAAAAAUAAAAUAAAAAUAUUUUAAAAAAUAUAUAUUUAAAAAAAUAAAAAGAUAUCAAAAUUUUCUAUGGCACGCCUGGGCCACCAUACACCUUGUACGUCUACUACUGUGACGAUCGCCUCUACAGUUUCAAAUUCAUUUCCAGAUUCGGAUUUGAAUCUGAAACGAGGUCAACUGUCGUGUACACACAAAAUAUUCAAUUAUUCAGGAAAUAAACCUGAUCAUUAAAAUCAUCCAUCUUCAAACUAUCGCACAUUUGACAAAACUAUUUUACGUUUACAGCGCAUACAGUAAUGGCAGGUCAGGAAAAAUCGCAGAAACUAUACGACGAAAGCGUGAAUUCUUACUGCGCCAUGUUGUCUUAUUAAGGUGGCCCGCUACAGUUUUUCAAAAUAGAAAAAUUUGGAUCCGUAGUUUUGGACAAGUAUUACUUGUUGUAAAGCAAAAAGCAUCUUCAUACUCGUGUAAAACAACAAAAGUUACGCAAUUGCCGUUGCUAUGGCAACAAUGACAUUUCAAUAUGACCAACGCAUGUGCGCAGGAAAAAUCGAAAAAGAUUGUUAUUUCAGACUGCUCUUGUGCAUUCAGGCAUGACUUGUCAAACAGUAGUGUGUUGUUGCUGAAUGAAUAAAGGCAUGUAUCAAACUAUUUUAAGCAGUUAAUCUUUUAAUGCAUUGUAUCCGACGAUAUAAAGAGAUUUACGAGUUUGAAACACUUUUCUGCACCUCAAGAAAAGUCGCAAAACACAAAGAAGAGAUGUUGCUUAACUUGCUUUUACAACCUGAAACAAAUGCCAUCAGCAAAGUGGACAGAAGAAAUACUUGUCACGCGGCACUUUUUUCAUAAAAUUACAUAACGCACUUUUUAUCUUCGAACAACUUGUUGAAGCACUCGUUCUGCGACAAAUAUUGGGCUAAUUUAAACUUGAGCAUAAUUUCGCUUUUAUAAAGUGCUUUUUCAGCAACGCAUUAUUAACGCAUCUGAAAUAUGAAACGUGUUCAACACAGCAAAGACUAAGUUAACACUAGCAGCGCCUUUUUACUAGAGGUGAGAGAAACACGUGCAGAAUAUAAAUGUUCUGCAUCGUUAACUAGCAUUCUUUAAAUCAAUUACAAUACAGCCUUCAUCUGAUUGAUCUUUAUCUGAUUGGCUUGUUGUAAUUCGUAGUAGCCCAUAGCAAACCAACCGCGUCAGCUACCACGGAAAUUAGAUACGCAAAUGCGGUAUAUUUGAUAACUAACUCGCUUUCUGCGCAAAGUUAGCUAGCUCCUCAACAACGAAUAUACAGCCAACAGCUUAAUCCAGUUCUUACCAGUCAUUUAGUAUUUUACUUAUAUUUGUGAAUUGAGAUCAAGAGAUUUAUUAGCGUUUUUACUGCGAACGUUUAUAAAAGCAUACGGAAAUCAUGUAAAUAAUCAGCCUGCAAACAAGGAUAUUCCGUGUUUCACUUUUGUUUUGCCCUUCUUGCCAUCAUGGCAUCUUCGUCGAAAGGUUGUACCAGCAAAGUGAACACGGUGAAAAAGGAAACAUUAAACGCUGACUGGCUUGAGCACGAUGAUGAUGGCAAAGUGGUGAAUUUAUUGCGUUGUAAAGUUUGCACAAGCAAGGAGGAGAGAAUAACAUGCGCUAUAAAAACUUCUCUCGCACAUUUAUCACUGGAUCAGCAAUUGUAAAGAAGAACACCGUCGUAAAUCACAAGAAUUCCGAUCAACAUAGGAUGGCAGUUAAGCUGAAUUUGAAGGAAACCUUAAAGGAGAAAUAUGUGGACGAAUAUGUAAACGAGACCCCCAUUGGCCAAGGACUCAACAAAAUGGCAGCUGACGAUCGCGAAAGGAUGGAACAUCUUUUUAAUGCCAGCUACACUGUGUGAGUGUGAGUGAAGGAUUAUGAUCCAACUGCUGCAAUUGAGCGGUGGUAUGGACAAAAGAAACGAAGGAUCGGAUUCGGAGGCCACGCUUAUCUGGAGAAACGGAAGAAGAAAGUUGAGACGUCGGACGCAUCACGCCGACAUGCCUAUUUUUCGGAUUGAGUCGUCAGAAAGUGACUAG